GUGGUUUGUGUUCUGUCGUUUAGUGUAGCGGCGUCAGCAAAGUAUAAAUUAUAAAUAAAGCGAGCGGUUAUUUAAUUAAUUAACAAGCACUUUUAUUAUCAGAAACUGUUAUAAUUAUAUAAUUGGAUUUUAGAUUAAAAUGGGUGACAGAAGGCGAGAUUCUGUGUCAGAUGACGAAGUCCCAUACUCUCGUUUAUUCAUAGUUGGACCUAAAACUUUACAAGAAGAUGAAGUAAGAAAUGAAUUUAAAGAGUUUGGCAACAUUAGAGACAUUAAAAUUGUUAAAGAUCGAACCACAGGAGAAAAUAAAGGAAUAUAUUAUGUACGAUAUACCAAAACAUCGCAUGCAGCUAAAGCUCUUGAAGAAAUGAAAGGAAAAAAUAUAGGAGGUAGUAAUAUCAAAGUUAUGAUUGCUUCAAGUCGUCAACAGGGCUCAGUUAGAGAUGAUAAUGAAGAGGACCAUGUUAAAAGGUUGUUUGUGGUGGUGCCUAAAACAGCUGUUGAAAAUGAACUCUAUGAUUAUUUUAAGCUGUUUGGUGAACUUGCUUACAUCAGCAUUAUAAAAAAUAAAGAAACUAAACAGAGCAAAGGAUUCGCUUAUGUUAAAUACAAUAAGUUUUCCGAUGCGGCUAAGGCUUACGAAGAGUGCGAGAGGAAAUUCAAACCUAAAUUUGCGGAACCCAAGAGACCGUCUGACGAUUUUGCUAACAGUUACAACAAAAAUUCAUACCAUUCCGCACCACAGGAUCCGCCUUAUAGAUCGUCCAUGAACGACGGUGGUCCUAGACACUCAUCUCCUUUUUUCAAGGAGGACGGAGUCUAUAAGCUGUCGGUGGUCGCUAGUCCUGCUGUUAAUCAAGAUCAGAUGUGGAAAUUGUUCGAUAUUGUGCCUAGCCUCGACUUCUGCCAAAUCCGCUACGACCAUGGUCACAGACAACGAGCGCCGCAAAAUAAUUUCGAAGUCGUCUACACCAACUCCGAGUGGGCGAUGUACGCCGUGGAAAAAUUCCACGGUUUCGAGUACCCACCAGGUCAACGAUUGAUUGUGAAAUUAGAAAACCAACAGAGUUCAAUGGGCGGCGGUACAAUGCCCGUUAAACGAUCUGCCGCGUCGCUUGGGGAACCUUCCGGGAUAGGUAGUCCCAAUAAACCGGAUCUUAUGCAAUUGGCGGAGACUAUUGCUCAAGCUAGUUCGUUGAUCAAAGCAGCAGGCUUGAAUCCAGAUUUACUCCAACCUAAACUGGGUAGAAGCGAUCCCAUAAACGAAGAAGGUUAUUGCAGCGUGCCUUUACCAGAGGCCAAACCGCUUCUUCAUAUCGACACCAAAACUGAAGCCAGGUGCUUUGUAAUCUGUUUCCCGCAGACGCUCUCUCCGGGCGUGUUGAAGGACAUUUUCUGUAGAUUUGGAAGUCUGAUCGAUGUUUACAUGUUGCAUAACAAAAAUUGCGGUUAUGCCAAGUACGCUUCGAAGGAAUCCGCCGAAGCGGCCAUCAAGACUCUACACGGAGCGGAGGUUCUUGGGACGCGCCUUAAAGUAUUUGAAGCAGAAGAAAGACCUGAUAAAAGGCAAAGAUUAGACGCAGAUGGUAACUAAGUGAUGAAACCGACAUAACUGAGCUGACUAGACUUAGUACCAACAAGAACAACAUUAUAAACCUUAGAAGUUAACAAAGACCCAAAUGUUAUCGUGUAAACUACAGCACACUUGAAUUAAUACCUACAUUACGUUAUUUUUUUUUUCAAAGACUGGACGGAUCACUAAUAACCAUACACUGAAAAAAACAGUUACUUUACUUUGAGUUUUUGAUUAGGACUAUUUUGUUUUACGUUAUAAGGUUUUCUCGAUUUGUUUAUGUUUGUAGUGGGGCAAAUUUUAAAUAAAGAUUUUUGUGACUUAA